AUUUUGGGCCUCUCUCUAUCUUGAGGAAAUUUUGCCCAUGUCUACGUGGCAUCUCUACCCUCUCACCCUAGCAACUCGUCUGCUCUCUCUAUCUCUUCCGUAACGGCGGACGUUUUGUUUUCUCCCCACAGGUCUUCUUUGACGCACUUCACCCUCUUCUCUCCUCUACUUUUCCUAAUCUGUUUUUCUUGGCGUUUUUCUGGGCUUUUACAUUCCUCUCCUUCCAUCCCAGAUCUCGGGUUCAGCCUCUUGGAACCUCAACCCCUCUCUCUUUUUCCGUUUCGCCUGAUCUGAACGAACAUCUAUCUGAUCCGUUGAUCUGUAGCAUGGAAAGGGUCGUCGGAGGUAAAUUCAAGCUCGGGCGUAAGAUCGGAAGUGGGUCUUUUGGAGAAAUUUAUCUCGCCACGCAUAUCGAUACGUUCGAGAUUGUUGCCGUCAAAAUUGAGAAUAAUAAGACUAAGCAUCCUCAACUUCUGUACGAGGCCAAGUUGUACAAUGUUCUUCAGGGAGGAAGUGGUAUUCCCCAUAUAAAAUGGUCCGGAGUGGAUGGAGAUGACAAUGCUUUAGUCAUGGAUUUGCUGGGUCCAAGUCUCGAGGAUCUGUUUGUAUAUUGUGGUAGAAAGUUUUCAUUAAAGACGGUUCUAAUGCUGGCUGAUCAGAUGAUAACUAGGAUUGAGUAUGUGCACUCCAAAGGGUUUUUACAUAGAGAUAUCAAACCAGAUAAUUUUCUUAUGGGCCUUGGUCGAAAAGCAAAUCAGGUUUACAUAAUUGAUUUUGGUCUUGCUAAAAGGUAUAGGGAUGCAACUACAAAUCGCCACAUUCCUUACAGAGAAAACAAAAAUUUAACCGGAACUGCACGUUAUGCGAGCUGUAAUACUCAUCUCGGAAUUGAACAAAGUAGGCGGGAUGAUCUUGAAUCUUUGGGAUACGUACUUCUUUAUUUCUUGAGAGGGAGCUUACCAUGGCAGGGUCUCAAAGCUGCCACUAAGAAGCAAAAAUAUGACAAAAUAUGUGAAAAGAAACUAUCAACUCCUAUUGAGGUCUUGUGCAAGUCUCAUCCUGUAGAGUUUGCAUCAUAUUUCCAUUACUGUCACUCAAUGACAUUUGAUCAGCGGCCUGAUUAUGGCUUUGUAAAACGUCUGUUCAAAGAGCUCUUCACUCGGGAAGGGUAUGAGUUUGAUUACAUAUUCGAUUGGACGAUCCUAAAAUAUCAGCAGGCGCAAUCAAGUAGAACACAUCAGCGGCCACUGCAUGGAGAGAAUAGCCGGGCAGCUCCAUUGAAUUCAGAAAAGCAUCAAGUGAGAAACAAUGCUAAUUACACUGCUGAGUUGAUAAAAUCAACCUUUCCUACUAGUCCUCGUGCUCGUGCACAAUUCAAGUCAUCUGCAAAUAGGAAUUUAGCUUCUGGCAAUCUUGAGACAGUUGAUAGAAGCAUGCUGAGCAAUACAUACAUGGCAUCUACAUCUUUGUCUCCUGCUGGUAUUGGAAGAGUAAAUGCAACUAAACCUGCUGAAACCACCAAUCCUGGUCAUGUAAAUGGUGAUAAUGCAGUUUCAGGCAGCUGGAUUUCUUCUUUGCGUCGCAUCUCUUCAGCAAAGUGAAAAGUUCCAGGUGUGGUGUAGAAAGAGGAGCUGCUGAAAUUGGGGGCAUACUUGGUGUUGCAUCAAUAGAAUAAGAAACAUGGCUAUGAGAGGAAGGUUUGUUUCAUACUACUGCCUCAUCGCUGCAGUUCUGAGAAGAUAAAGGAGAUAUGCAUCAGUUGAACGGCGACGAGCAGGGAUCAGAGGGCACGGUUGUCACUAUUCAUCUUGUCAAGGCUCGGGUUAGACUUUUUUCCUAGACGAUUGUGCUGUACGUGGAACGUAUCACUUUCUGAUUUUUUAGGAAAGUUUUAGUUCAUGUAAAAUUAAUUGUGGUUUCAAUUAUUCUUCAUUAUCAUCAGCAAGAAUGUUUGUUUCUAUUGUGCAUAUAGAGCGAUGGUCGACUGGUUGUUUCUCUUACCCACUCAGUCGCAUCUCUUCACUGGAUUGAGCAUGUUGUCAGUAAUGUAUUUUCUUGCACUGGAAAACCAUUUGUAAUCGAAAAACACAAUUGCAAUGCUGUUGUGUAUUAUUU